UUGAGCUAAUUUAACUACAACUCGAAAGUAGGUGAAGUUGUAGUCAGAAAACCAGUAAAGUUCUAGUUUUGUGUUUUUUCUUGCAGACAUUUAUUUUUCGUGAAGUUGUGGGAGAGAAAACGUAAAGUUUCAGUGGACUUUCAGUAUUGUUUACGCAGGAAUUACUGAUCCAAACUUCGAAGGCUCCGUCUCCUCCUCGUUGCAGUUUUUUUGGCUCCAUGGAGGCUGUGGCCAUUGCCGACUUUACCGCCACAUCAGACAAUGAAAUUAGUUUCAAGCGGGGAUCAAUAUUAAAGGUUGUGAGUGAAGAUUGUGACAAGAACUGGUACAGAGCACACCUGAACGGGGGAGAAGGCUUAAUUCCCAAGAACUAUGUUACAGUUAGGCCACGAAGCUGGUUUCACGGGAAAAUGAGCCAAGCCGAAGCUGAAGAAUUGCUGGCCAGGCAGAGAGUGGAUGGAGCCUUCGUCAUCCGAGAGAGCGAGAGCACUCCAGGGGAUUUUUCCCUCUCUGUCAAGUUUGGCAGUGGUGUUCAGCACUUUAAGAUCCUGCGGGACGGUGCAGGAAUGUAUUUCUUAUGGGUGGUAAAGUUCAGCUCAUUAAAUGAGCUGGUGUCAUAUCAUCUCACCUCCUCAGUGUCCCGCAACCAAACGAUCUAUCUCCGUGACAUGGAGGAGAUGCAGCAGAGUAUGUGUUAUGAGGCACUGUUUGACUUUGAGGCCAAGGAGGACGGUGAUUUGAACUUCAAACGUGGAGAUAUCAUUCAGGUCCUGGAUAAGUCUGAUGCCAACUGGUGGAAAGGAAAGUGCAAUGGACAGAGUGGCAUGUUCCCCCACACUUAUGUGAAACAGGUCAACUGUGAGAAGUAGCCAUGCCUGAUGAAACUAAAAGCAAAAAGUAGAUUGUGACACCACUGCACAGCGAGCUGAGCAGAGCAGGCAGGCUGCUAUUCCUCAGCGCUGCACAGAUUAAGCAUGGGGUAAAGAGGGUUAGGUGAGGGUCUUUUGCAUGGAUUAAUCAUACUGUUCACUGAAUUUGGUGGUAGGAUGCUGGAUAAGUGUUUUUAUGUUUUUUUCUUAUUAUGUAAUGUACAGUGUGCUGCAUCAAUUUUAAGAAUGGGGUCCUUGUUUGCAUUUGCUCCUCCUUGUUUGUACGAGUCAUUAUUGCCUCAAACUUCAUUCCCUUGAAAAUUCCAGCAUUAAAAAAGUACACAUAUUCAGCAGGUGAUUAGGUAAAUAUUUAAGGGUCUCACUUAAUGUUACCAUGAAAGAUUUAAUCUGCCGCAGGAUGCCGACAUGGUUUCAUAAAGCCAUGUUGGUUCUGGGAAAAGUCUGAUAAGGAGGAUAGCAGAGGAAGCUAUUAGCAGUUGUGUCAUAGCUACAUAUUGAGUCAAUUAGUUAGGACCCCCCCCCCCCCUUCCUCUGUGAGAGCUGACAGUCUCUUCUGCAGACAAUUAAGAUGAACACACAUUACUAAGACUCAUUUUAUGUCCAGUCUUCUGUGCAAAUAGCGCCUAAUAUUAUCUGUAUUUGCGUGGUGGUGUCACACAGUCACAAACUGCAUGAGAUUUAAGACACUCAUGUAAGAUUGAAUGUGUAUAAAAGUAGAAUAAAAUAUGUUUGAAAGACGCUUUUCAAAACACUGAACAUUAGAUUCUUUGGUGUUAGGACAGCAAUGAAAGCUGAUGCCCUGAUCCCUUUACAAAUGCCAACGGUAAUGCAUUUUUUUUACUUAUUACAUGGUGAGAAGCUGCUGGAACUGCAUUUUAUGACGUGGCGGUGUGGCUUUAGCUUCCAGCAGCUAUAGUGACUGGCUGCACGCAUGCAGUUCGAAACGGAAUUCCCUGUGAAGAAAAGAAAAAAAACCCCAGAGAUUUAUCACAUGAAAAAAGGUGUUGAGGAAGACAAUCCAUGCUAUAAACCUGUCUUAAAAACAUGUUUAACAAUGGCAGACACACAUUUUGUCAUGUUUCAGACUUUAUGGGCCUGUCCGGAAUCGCUAUUUCCCACUUCUUAGUAUGUGGCUGAAGCAUAAAAUUAUUAUACUAGCAGUUGGUUGCACAGUAUGAAUCAACAUUUUCUGAGCUGGGUUCCAAGCUGAGAUGAGAGAGAGGGAAAACAUCUUUGGUUACGUCUUUUAAAAAGUACUUUCCUGUCUGACUAAUUUGUCUAAGUUCAAUGAUUUGAAUUGGAUGCACCUCAUUAAUGUGUCACUCGUCAAAAGAGAGAGAGUGCUGAGGACCACUGCAAAAAGUUGUGAUGCACACAUACACGCACACACACACUCAAGCUGCUGUAGACUGUGGAUCCUGUCUGAGCUGUUAGUGCCACCACAUGGCCACACAGUAAAUGGAGAUGUAGGAUACAGAUUUGACAUGGGUGGUCAAGUGCUGACAAGCGCUUCUGGCAGCAAAGCCACUAAGUCAGAGUAACUACUGUAUGGUCCUUGAUCUACACUUCUCUCAGAAGAGUGGAAGUGGAAUAUCAUUGAAAGAGCAUAAAAUCGACAUUCAUCCAGCAGCACCAUGAUGAACGUAGUUUUCUCUCAGUGGCACUAGGUGUUUCAUAAAGGCUAUGCUGCCAUCCUGGCUCAGUCUUGAUCAUGUCAGCUCUCUGAGGGGGAAACCUUAACCAGAGACAUUAGACACUUGGAGUGUCCUCAGGCCAUUAUCUUUGGGUCUUUGAGUUCAUCGCCACCAAUGAGAGUACAAGACUAAACACACAUUCAGUGGAACCACAUUUAAAGAAGGUAUGCAUUAGCCCCCUGCAUAGAUGCCACUUGAGACUUCCUGUCCUCACCACACCAACAACUAGGACAGCAGGUUGGGGUAUGUUUGAAAUCAACCAGUUCGUAUAAAGUCUUGUCCUACAACAUAUAAAGGGCAAAAGUGUUCAUACGUGUUCAGAUUGGCCACACACUAAGGCAGGGCGAAAAGCCUGCGGUUAUGCAGAAGGGCGAGAAGGCAUGAUAGUCAUUCCAAUGAGCUAAGUGGCACACACAGUUUCUCCCCAAAACCAUUCAUGCACUCCGAUGAAAGGUACAUAUAAAAUGUGACAGUAGUAGCAGUGUGAAGAAUGAGAAACAGGGAGCUUGAAAGAGAAGUUCAAAUCCUGCACACUUUUUCACCUCAGCUCACCCGGCCAGUCGAUGCGUGAAGUGGGCAUUAUUGACUUUUUUAGGAAGUUACAAAAAUAGCUGAACAUCGCUCCUAAUCCUCCUCCUUUCAGACCCUCUGACAAACUGACAAGCGGUUCCUGUUAAGCAUACAGAUGUCUUAAAUCCUCUUGUGGUACUUGUGAUUAGGCUACAGCAUAUACUAUAUACAUAUACUACCAUAUAUGAUUAUUAUUUGUCAUAUUUAUAUUGUUAUUGUAGCUGUUAUUGUUAUUGUUGCUGGUGGUUUUGUUCAAGGUUUCUCCUUGUUUUGCAUGAUCUCUGUAAAUGAAAGAAUAUGGUCUAGACUGGCUCCACAUGAAAAGUGUCAGGAGACAUUUUUUGUUGUGUUUUGACUCUAUAUAAAUAAAAUUGAAUUGAAAAUUGAA